CGCGACAGUACGAGAGUGAGAAGUAACUAGGUAACCAUGUACACAGUAAAUUGAUGACCUGGGGUAAGCACUUGUACCUACACCGCCCAACUUCCGAAUUAGGUAUCAUUCAAAUCCUCUCGUGGCACAGUCGACGCGUUGAGAACAACAACAAAACAGGAUACAAAGCGACCAUCCAGUCUUCCAGACGUGUCGUGAGCCCGACGUUCUUUCAUCAGUUUGAAUUGUUCUAUCAUAAUCAUGGCCGACUACAUCAUCGUUGGAGGGGGCACUGCUGGUUGCGUCGUGGCCUCGCGGCUACGGCAACGAAUGCCAGAAGCCUCUAUACUCCUCGUUGAGGCUGGGCCUGAUGUGACUGGGCAUGCAUACAUCGACACUCCGGCUGAAGCCGCUUUCUUGCACUUUUCCGAGCUCGAUUGGAAGUAUUUCACCGUUCCCCAAGUACAUCUAGAUGGCAAACCUCGGUACAACUGUGCUAUGAAAGGUCUCUCAGGCGGCACUAUAAUUAACACUGGUGGUUGGAUUCGUGGUGACGCUCUAGAUUAUGAUGAAUGGGCUCGAGAGGUCGGCGACGACCGUUGGAGCUACAAGGGCCUUCUACCAUAUUUUAAGCGAUCUGAGAAGCAUUUCGAUCCAAAUGCUGACCAUGAACAACACGGAUUCGACGGCCCAAUCCAUACAGCUUCCGUCAGUGCAUCUGGUCGAAAAUUUCCAUUGCGUGAUCACGUUUUUAAACUUUGGUCCCAUCUAGGUCUGAAACGUAUCCCGGAUGCGAACAAUGGCCACCCGCAGGGAAUUACUGACUUGGUAGAGAAUUGGCGGGACGGAAAACGACAAAUUGCCAGCGCGGUAUACUCUUUGGAUGGGGUCGAGGUUCUUACAGAUACCCUUGUACGUCGGAUCAUCAUCAAUGAUGAUAAAGUUGCCGUUGGUGUUGAGCUGGCGAAUGGAGAGUCUCGCCUGGCAAGCCCUAUUGGCCAAGUUAUCAUCUCUGCCGGAGCCUAUCGUACACCUCAGGUCCUGCAGCUAUCGGGCAUUGGUGACGCACGAAAUCUAUCUGAACAUGGGAUUACUGCAGUGGUCGACCUUCCCGAAGUGGGUAAGAACCUGCAUGACCACACAAUGAUCUUCCGUUACUGGAAGCUUCGCAAUCCAGAGAACGGUUAUGCAUUAGGAUCACCACUUUUUGGUGGUCCCAAUUAUGAGAAAGGUGGGCCAGUCGACUGGCUCGUCACAGCACCCAUUUCGCAUGAUACUUUGAAAGCAGCGAUCGAGAAAGAUGUCGGCGAACCGGUCUCCGACGACCACCCAUUAUUGAAAGGUCCUCGAAGUCAUUUAGAGAUGAACCUGCUGUACGCUGUAUUUGGAGCCGAGGCGAUUGGGCUCCAAAUCCCCAUAGACGGGAAAUCAAUUAUGACCUACUAUAUGGGAUGCCUUCCCACAUCUCGAGGAUCGGUUACUUUAGGCUCGAGCGAUCCGACUGUUCAGCCCGUCAUUGAUCCUAAUUACCAUGCCACCGAAGCAGACCGACACGUGAUGCGAGAAGGGUUCCGUAUGCACUCAAAACUGAUGUUUGAAACGCCAGAAGGUAAAGAGUUGGUCGCAGAGGAGUAUCUUCCCGAAGGAUUUCCAUCUCUUGGUCCAGAUGCAUCUGAUGAAGCUAUCGACAAGCGCAUCAAGCUUGGGGCGUCAACUGUGUUCCAUCCAGGAGGUACAGCAGCAAUGGGCAAGGUUGUUGAUGGAUCGCUUAAGGUCAAAGGAGUGAAGAACCUCCGGGUGGUUGAUGCCAGUAUUAUCCCUCAACCUUUGGCAUCACACUACCAGGCUGCUGUAUACGCUAUCGCUGAACAGGCUGCCGAUAUUAUACUGAGCGAAGUAUUCUAAAAGGGAUACGCAGUUAUCACACGGCGAAUGUAUGAUCUUACACUAAUUAAUCGCUCAUGCAAUAUUCGUUAGCACCCCGGUCGUAUUUGCGCAUACACAAACUCGACGUGAGGAUUACGAGUUAAUAUUUCGAAGCAGG